AUGGAUGUGUGGAGGUCAAAUACACUGCAUGUGGUUGCCAUUGUACUAGCUCUCGUCUUCACCAGUUCAGCUGCUGUUCUCCCAAAACGAAACACAACGAUCACAGUUCCAGAUGGAGUUACUUAUCACCAAGAUUCAGAAUCAAUAUGCACUCCCACAUCAUGGACUGAUAUCCUCACUUUCUUCUUUGGUAACUAUGUAGCCCAUGCUGCGUCAACAGUUACCUUACCCGGCGAGUCGUCAUUUGGCAACAUCCAUAAUAUGCUUGUAGCCCUCCUUUGGCCUGGACAGGGAGUCAGGCGUGGAAUGCUUGUCAUUUUUCGACGUGCAGUCUUCUGGAAAGAUCCAGUUCAGCAAGCUCACCGUGCCGCUGCACUCUGUAUGGUGGUUCGAUCUAGAAAAUGGAAACCUAAGCCUGGAGAGCCAGUGCGCUCGAUGGCAUUUUGGCCACAUAUAGCGCGCAGAGAAGAUGCAUCAGAAUCCACAGAAAAGGAUCCAUGGAUGACUCGUCUCUACUACAAACUCGUCGAUCUUGAUUACAUUCUCUCAAGACCUGAUGACUAUACCCCUCGGCAGUAUUAUCAGUUGCAGAGAACAAGAAAGAAGGAAUUCGGCGAGCAUAUCAAGAAAUUGUUAGCAUACAUUUAUCUCCAGGGCUGA